CUUCAAAGCUGCAGGGAAACAGAUUUUUUUUAAAUCUAUGUAGCCCUUUCUGGAAUAAUUUGGGAGUUGAUGGGGUAUCAGAGGAACAUGUGGCGCAGUCUGGCAGGAGGAGGUGCUGUGGUCAGGUGUUCAUGUUCAGAGGAGGAGGUGAGGAUCUCCUUCAGGAGCGCAGUGGACGAGCGGCGGCUCAGACGGGUGUUUCUGCGCCGCUGGUUUGAAUCCCCCCGCCUGUCCAACGCCUCCAUCUGCAGCGAUGAGCAUGCUCCAUCAGCCGCGCCCUCCGACUCCUCUGACCUGCCGCCGUUGGGCCGGCGCCCCGAGAGUCUGAUCUCCACCCAGUCCUCAGGUUACGGAUCCUCCAGAGACGACUACAUCGCGCCGCCUCAGCUCCCCGCAGGGUCCUCCAGUGUGGACCUAAACCAGAACCUGAGCCCUGCAGUAGACGCCGCUGACCCUGAGGGGUCAAGCCCCCGGUCCCCGACGAAGUGUCGGAGCUUCGUUCACAAUAAAAACAACAACAAUAAAGGGUGGACGCCAAAUCGGGCAUCGAGUCGCCGGCAGCAGGGAUCGCCUUUCAUUAGUGCCAGCAUGGCACCCAACCCCAAGCUGACCUACCUGGACCGCGUUGUCAUGGAGAUCAUCGAGACAGAAAGGAUGUACGUCAGAGACCUGCGUAUGAUUGUAGAGGAUUAUCUGGCUCACAUCAUCGAUCAGUCCAACCUGUCCAUCCAUCCCGAGCAGGUCUGCGCUCUUUUUGGGAACAUCGAGGACAUCUAUGAGUUCAACAGCGAGCUGCUGCAGGAUCUGGACCUGUGUGACAACGACCCCGUCGCCAUCGCCAGAUGUUUUGUUAUGAAGAGCGAGUACUUUGAAAUCUACACACAGUACUGCACCAACUACCCAAACUCCGUCGCAGCGCUGACGGAGUGCAUGAGGAAUAAAUCCCUGGCCAAGUUUUUCCGUGACCGUCAGGGGUCUUUGAAGCGCUCCCUUCCUCUGGGUUCAUACCUGCUGAAACCCGUUCAGAGGAUCCUUAAAUACCACCUGCUGCUCCAGGAGAUUGCGAAGCACUUUGACCCUGAGGAGGAGGGUUACGAGGUGGUGGAGGAGGCCAUCUACACCAUGACGGGCGUGGCCUGGUACAUCAACGACAUGAAGAGGAAACACGAGCAUGCCGUGCGCCUGCAGGAGAUCCAGUCGUUGCUGCUGAACUGGAAAGGUCCGGACCUCACCACGUUCGGAGAACUGGUUCUGGAAGGGACCUUCAAAGUCCACCGGGCCAAAAAUGAGAGGACGCUCUUCCUGUUCGACCGCAUGCUGCUCGUCACCAAACGCAGAGGAGAACUCUACGUCUACAAGACGCACAUCUAUAGCUCCACUCUGAUGCUGAUCGAGAGCGCCAAGGACUCCCUGAGCUUCAGCGUGACCCAUUACAAGCACCCCAAACAGCCCCACACGGUCCAGGCGAAGACGAUGGAAGAGAAGAAGCUCUGGGCUCAUCACAUCAAACGCAUCAUUCUGGAGAACCACCACGCCGUCAUCCCACAGAAGGCUAAAGAAGCCAUUCUGGAGAUGGACUCCAUCUACCCCCCCAGGUACCGUUACAGUCCUGAGCGUCUGAAGAAACCCGUUUCAGACGAGUUUCCAAGAGACGCUCGUCACGGCCGCAGACAGUCGGAACCAACCAAACAAGUGAUGAAGAGCAUCAAAGCUGAACCUCUGCAGGAGACAGAAAAAGGUGGAAUCUCCUCAAGCAGAGAAAAUGGACAACUUUGUGAAAGAAAUGGAACUGAAGCAACACCUGAGCAGGAAACUGUGGAAAAACGACCACAAGAGAACACAUCAGAAAAGACAACGGACCCUGAACCAGAACUGUCCUCUGCUGUGGGUGCUUCUAUCGUCUCCGGGUCGGCUCAGAAGUCAGAAGAGCUGAAGCCUGAGGAAGCUCCAGAGCUGACAGAAGAGCCCUCUUUAGCCACGACAGACUCGGACUCAAAGACCUUGAGCAGCGCAGAGUCCUCCGAGGACGAGAGGGACACGACAGAGGAGUCUCUGAGCAUACUCCCGUCCUCUGUCCUGGACAAGGCCAGCGACAUCGCUCGCCACUUCAACAGCAUCAAGAGAAGCAGCGUGGCUCCGGACGACGCUCGCUCCAUCAGCUGCUCGUCACCACGGUUACCCAGCAGGACCGGCAGCAUCCUCAGCCUCAGCACCGAGGCAGCAGACUGGCCUCUGAGGUCUUCAGAACCUGCAGAGACCUUCAGUGAGACAGACUUCGUCCUGCCGCCUCCUCGGGACGACGGCGCCUUUGAUCCGGACCGAAGCAUUCGGCGAAGGCGGGACUCCACUCUGUCCAAGCAGGACCAGCUUCUCAUCGGCAAAAUCAAGACCUACUAUGAGAACGCUGGCACUCAGGACGCCGCCUUCAGCGUUCUGCGCAGGGAGAGUCUGACCUACAUCCCGACGGGCCUGGUCAGGAGCUCAGUGAGCCGGCUCAACAGCAUCCCAAGAGACAAAGGUGUCCCAACGAACGUGUCCGCUUCAACCACGUCUUCAUGUCUGGAUCCUCCCUCAGCAGAUCCUGCUCCACCUUCAGACACGCACACGUUCACGGUUUCUAGUCUCUCUGUGGACUCUUUGAAGUCGGAUCAGUUCACCUCAGAUUCUGGGGACCAGCAGAGGUCCACGUCUCAAAGCCUGCACCAUGAUCUGUUUGAGGAUGAAGAGUUCAGACCUUCAUCUGAAAUGAUUAAGGUCUGGCAGGAAAUGGAGCAGCAGAUUGAUGAUCAGUCCAGGGAGGAUUCAAAAGCCUUCAGAGCAGGCAGCGUUUUCACCCCGACCAAGAGUUCUGACCCGGAGAGUGGAGCUUCUGACCUCAGCACCAUCACAGAGGACUCCACAAGUCCCUCACCUCCUAAAGCCAAAGCCCCGGGCUUCAGCCGGACAGGAAGCGUGAAGAACGCCCUGAGGUGUUUCAGCAAAGAGACGGAUGUUCUCAAAGCCACGGUUCCCCGGGUGGCCCAGCUGAGGGUGGAGGCAGAGGACGAAAGACCCGGAGAGAACCCAAAACACACGGAUGACGUAGACAAGGGAAACAGCAAGGUCCUGUCUCUGGCCCGUCGAUACAGUCAGCUGAUUAAAACCACCAAAGCCACGGUCCAGCAGCGAAGCACGACCGCGCCUUCUGGCAGGAAGAACUUGUCCUGCGUGGAGGAGGAGAAGGAGAGCUCAGGUAAAUCCAAGCUGACCUUGCCGCUGGUUUCUAACAGCCAGGCUGCUUCUCUGCCUUUAAGCCCGGCAGACCGGUCUCCAGCCGGCGGCGUCUCUCCAGGCCGGGCUCAUUCUCGAAGCCCCCUCAGCCCCCCUCCUCCCGUCGAAGGCUUUAACUGGCCCGACGUUCGUGAGCUUCGGUCCAGGUACUCCGACAGCGGCCGCCCUCAGAAGCACCCGGUGAGCAGGAGUCGCUCCAUCCCAGAGAAGAUGUUCGAAGGCGGUCAGAGGAGGCAUUCCAGCGGCUCCAGCCUCCUCGCCGAUGACGCCUCCAGCGGGAGUUCACACAAACCUCGAAGGAGCCGAAAAGCAGGCCAGGAGGAACGCAGCAAACGGCUCCACAGAGCCAACUCUCUAGAGCCUCGGCUGAGCGGGCCACAGAUGACCGAGCUGCAGAGGCUCCAGGACCAGGCCGGCCACGACCAUUACUACAUCACAGCUGAGGCGCCGCUAUCAGAUGACCCCGAGCACAAGGUCAUCGUCAUGGAGAAGCUACCAGAACCAGAAAACCCAGCCCAAGCACCGAAGGAGGAAGACGACGACGGCUACGUCCAGAUCCGUUCUCCAACCAGCAGGGAGAAGAUCUCCAUCUUGGCCGUCAUCGACCGCUGCCGGGCCUACCAGGAGUCCGACGAGUACAAACAAAGGGAGGAGGCCAAAGCCGAGCCUGCGAAAACUGCAGCGGCCUCCACCGAGCAGGACGAGAGUCCGAAGACCAGAUCGAACUCGGGACAGAAGCCGGAGAGCAGCCAGGGGAGCAUGGUGAAAAAUCUGAGGGAGAAGUUCCAGAGCCAAAGCUAAAACAAACGGCGGCAUCUUUAAUUAUAGAAUAAAACCACCAGGGACCGACCAAAGGUCCAAACGCACGUUCGAUAGAAAAGUUCGAGUUCGGACCAAAUACAAAAACAA